AUGGUGGUAAGUGGGCUGUUGCAGAUACAUCUGGUCGAUGCGAGGGGUUUGAAAGCUAUAGAUACCACGAGUGAGUCCCCCUCUCAUCAGGUAUCCGACCCAUCUCCUGGCUUCUGGUCACCCUUCCUUAUACUGUUGUCUCUCCUUGUGUCUGCAGGCAGGAUGGAUCCCUACGUCAUCCUCCGGUACAUGGGGCAAGAGCGCAAGAGCCGUGUCCUCAGAGGUAAAUCCACCGCCGCCCUCCUCUUCUCCUCCUCUUUCUCUUCCUCGAGCUCUUCCUCCGCCUCCGAGAAGCUUGAGAGCAGGAAUUUAAUGGCGUGGUCUCUCUGCAGAGGGAGGCUCCAACCCUACGUGGAACGAGACGUUCACAUUCCAAGCGGAGUACCCGGCGCCGGACCACCAGCACAAUCUCGUCCUGAAGAUCAUGGACGAGGACACCUUCUCCGCCGACGACUUCGCCGGCGCCGCCACGUAAGGAUUCCGAUUCCUCCUCUGGCUCGCUCUUAUUCCACCAGGUCAACCACGACCUAUCUGACCGGGGCCUCCGUGACGGAACAGGAUCAACGUGGGGGACUUGCUACAGCUGGGAGCGGAGAAGGGGUCUGCGGAGCUUCCUCCUCACCGUUACAGAGUCGUCCUCGCCGACCGCAGUUACCAAGGGGAUAUCCGGGUCGGCGUCUCCUUCAAGCGGAAGGUACUACACACAAUCAAGACUCUCCCCCACUCUUCCCAUCUGAAUUUGGUUGUUCUUUAGUUCUUCCUGGUCUGAUCUCCCCCAUAUGGACUUGUUUCUUCUCGGGUUGUUCCUGACAGGACGUGGUGGACUAAGGAGACGACAUUGGAGCGUAGAAGGUCGGCGGCGGCGGCGGCGGCGGCUUCUGAGAUGAGGGCGGGAUACUGGUCGAUACAUGAUCUCUACCAAACAAGGUGGAACAUCGAGAGCGGUUUCCCGUCUCUGGGUUUGUAAACUUUGUGAUUUCUGGGAUCUCAGUUCUCACACAUGAACUGCGAUUGAAUGUUUCCAUGACUUCAGAGUUAUCUCCUCGUGAGGAAAUUAUUCAAGCGGACUCGAUGAAGUUCCUCCUGCUAGAAAUAGUUCGGGCCUCCAAAACCAAACCCGCUUCGCUUAGACCAGAUAAGCGUACGGAAACUAAGGAAACCAGCUAACUUAUACUUUAACCGUUAUAAGAAACCAUGCGCUCAACGGAUAUUAAAAAACCAACUGACAGAAUGCGUAGAUUACGAUUUUCUAAUAAAUUCACCCAAAAAAAAUGUGUUAAAUAAUUAGAGACCUUCCUAGAUGACGUAUAUGGUGUGCAUACUUUGGUACUAAAUGACGUAUACAACCAAACUGGGGUUUGAUAUUUGAUAUAUUAAAUAAUUAAAGACCGUGAUAAUUAUUCUUUCAAGCCUGGUGAGUUUAUCUUUAUAAACCAGGUAAAAGAAACACGUAGAGUAAAAGAAAGAUCCUUAUAAACCAGUAAGUUUAUCUUUGACUUGGCGUUCUAGAAACAAGAGAAGGGCUGCAGCACUGAGUCGAAGUCGUUGACCUAUCGACCUUUCUCUUCGAAGAGACACUUGAGGAAGGAACUCUUCUAUUCCCCUAGCAAAGCGAAACCAAGAUUACUACUACCUGGUCCUCAAGCCUUAUUAAAAGUUCGUACUCCGCUGACAGAGCUCUCCAUAGGUCUCUAUUGUUUCCUAUUUUUCUUUUAGAUAAAGAGGAGAUCACUGGACAAGAAAGACAGAUGCCGAAACUGCAGAUGUUCUUAAAUAGAAGCAUUAGCCAAGAAACCGCUAAAGGACACCGUUGACAAUCGGGUCCGACAGAGCUCAGAGAAAAUCAAGAGAGCUGGAGAGAAAGAACCGAAAAAUCAUUCUCCACACGCACGUAA